GACUGCCACCUCCUGAAUGGUUAUACUGGUUGGGUCUUCCGCACCUCUCGGUCGGGGGCUCCUGGCCGCUCCCCGCGGUCCCGCCCGGGCCCCGCCUUUUUCGGGGGCUGGGCGAUGGGCGGAGAAGGGGACGGGCGGGUUAAAGGGAGGCCGGCCCGGGACCAGGCUACCUCUGCUCGCGCCGCGGUGUCCGCUCAGUCCCGCCACGGCGGAGGACGUGCCGCGAGCCCUCGUUGAGCGGGGAGGCCCAACACUGAGAGGUUUGGAAAAGCCUUUUGACCCAGGAAUCACCAGAGCUGUUCCAAAAUAGAAGGACAUAAGAAAUUUAUUCAAACUAGCUUGGCCUGAGUAGGAAGUAAGAAGAGAGUUAUAGACGGGUUGCAUUGAGGAAUGAAGAGCUGCUGUGUGUAUCCACAAAUCUGAUUGACUUGCUCAGGGAGGCUAAAGCAUCUAUCUCCAGAAAUGUCUUUGGAAAGUAAAGAGCAAUAUGAUCUGUCACCCAAGAAUUCAGUUGAAGGAAAUCACCAACACAGUCCUCUGUCUGAUAUGCAUCCGGAGCUUGAAAAGGAAUCAGGUACCAACUUGAAGCAAUUUGAAGCCAGUGAUCAAUGCACACCUUAUCGUAGGAUCCAUAUGGAGCCUCAAGAGAAACCAAGUACUAACUUCAAGCAAUUUGUCACUAAAAAACUGCAGAAGAGUUGCCAGUGCAGCCCAGCCAAAGCCAAAAAUAUGAUUUUGGGUUUCCUUCCUGUUUUGCAAUGGCUCCCAAAAUAUGAUCUGAAGAAAAACAUUUUAGGGGAUGUGAUGUCUGGCCUGAUUGUGGGCAUCUUAUUAGUGCCCCAGUCCAUUGCCUAUUCCCUCUUGGCUGGUCAAGAGCCUAUCUAUGGUCUGUACACGUCUUUUUUUGCCAGCAUCAUUUAUUUCCUGUCGGGCACCUCCCGUCACAUCUCUGUGGGCAUUUUUGGAAUCUUGUGCCUUAUGAUUGGUGAGGUAGUUGACCGAGAACUACACAAAGCUGGCUAUGACACUGCCGAAAACGCGCCUUCUACUUUAGGAACGGUUUCAAAUGGGAGCACGUUAUUAAACCAGACCUCAGACUGGGUGUGUGACAGAAGUUGCUAUGCAAUUACUGUUGGCAGCACUGUGACCUUUAUGGCUGGAGUUUAUCAGGUAGCGAUGGGCUUCUUCCAAGUGGGUUUUGUUUCUGUCUACCUCUCAGAUGCCUUGCUGAGUGGAUUUGUCACUGGUGCCUCCUUCACUAUUCUUACGUCUCAGGCCAAGUAUCUCCUUGGGCUCAGCCUUCCUCGGAGUAAUGGUGUGGGCUCGCUCAUCACUACUUGGAUACAAAUCUUCAGAAACAUCCAUAAGACCAAUCUCUGUGAUCUCAUCACCAGCCUUUUGUGCCUUUUGGUUCUUUUGCCAACCAAAGAACUCAAUGAGCACUUCAAGUCCAAGCUUAAGGCACCGAUUCCUACUGAACUUAUUGUCGUCGUGGCAGCCACAUUAGCCUCUCAUUUUGGAAAACUAAAUGAGAAAUACAAUACCAGUAUUGCUGGGCCUAUCCCCACGGGGUUUAUGCCACCGAAAGCACCAGACUGGAAUCUAAUUCCUAGUUUGGCUGUAGAUGCAAUAGCUAUUUCGAUCAUUGGUUUUGCUAUCACUGUAUCACUUUCUGAGAUGUUUGCCAAGAAACAUGGCUACACGGUCAAAGCCAAUCAGGAAAUGUAUGCCAUUGGCUUUUGCAAUAUCAUCCCCUCCUUCUUCCACUGCUUUACUACCAGCGCAGCUCUUGCAAAGACCUUGGUUAAAGAAUCAACAGGCUGCCAAACUCAGCUUUCUGGUGUGGUGACAGCCUUGGUUCUUUUGUUGGUCCUCCUGGUAAUAGCUCCUUUAUUCUAUUCCCUUCAGAAAAGUGUCCUUGGUGUAAUCACCAUUGUAAAUCUCCGGGGAGCCCUACGCAAAUUUAAGGAUCUGCCCAAGAUGUGGAAGGUUAGCAGAAUGGAUACAGUUAUCUGGUUUGUUACCAUGCUGUCCUCUGCACUGAUAAGUACUGAAAUAGGCCUGCUAAUUGGGGUUUGUUUUUCUAUGUUUUGUGUCAUUCUCCGCACUCAGAAGCCAAAGACUUCGUUGCUUGGUUUGGUGGAAGAGUCUGAAAUCUUUGAAUCCGUGUCUGCUUACAAGAAUCUUCAGACUAAGCCGGGCAUCAAGAUAUUCCGUUUUGUAGCCCCUCUCUACUACAUAAACAAAGAAUGUUUUAAAUCUGCUUUAUACAAAAAAACUCUCAACCCAAUCUUAGUAAAGGCAGCUCAGAAGAAGGCCGCAAAGAGAAAGAUCACAAAGAAAACAGUGAUUCUCAGUGGAAUCCAGGACGAAGUUUCAGUGCAACUUUCCUGUGAUCCCUUGGAGCUUCAUACCAUAGUGAUUGACUGCAGCACAAUACAGUUUUUAGAUACAGCAGGGAUCCAUACACUGAAAGAAGUUCGUAGAGAUUAUGAAGCCAUUGGCAUCCAGGUUCUGCUGGCUCAAUGCAAUCCCUCUGUGAGGGAUUCCCUGGCCUCCGGAGAGUAUUUCAAAGAGGAAGAAGAAAACCUUCUCUUUUAUAGUGUGUAUGAAGCAGUGGCCUUUGCAGAAUAUCAGAAUCAGAAAGGAGUAUGUAUUCCCAAUGGUCUGAGCCUUUCCAGUGAUUGACUGAGAAAGUGGAUGGAAAGGAGAAUGAUGUCCAGCCAAUAGGUUAAGGUUUGAAGUAUAUAACAUUUUCUAGUUCCACAGUGGAAACUGUUGCACUUGAAAUUUUAACCUGGGACGCCUGGGUGGCUCAGUCGGUUAAGCAUCUGCCUUUGGCUCAGGUCAUGAUCCCAGGGUGUGGGAUCGAGCCCCAUAUCGGGCUCCCUGCUCAGUGGGGAGUCUGCUUCUCCCUCUCCCUCUGUGUGCUCACCCUCGCUCUCUCUCUCUAAUAAACAAAUAAAUCUUUAAAAAAAUUGUUUUAACCUGUUGGUUAGACAUUAUUCCGUUGACGCCGAUGGCCUCUAUAGGUAGACAAAUGCAGCAGGGUUUAUAGUUGGGCAGAAUCGCAAAGAAGAAAAUAUUGCAGUUUCAGGUUUUCUUGCAGAUAUGAGGUAUUCUUGGAAUUAAAUAAACAUCUAUUGAAUUGAACUGUAAAGUAGCCCCCAAACUCAGUUACCAUGCUGUUGAAGAUAAGCAUUUGGACUCUUCCUCGAGAACCAGGAGGUAAAGCUGACGUUGACGUGGCAAGUGCUGGAGCCCACUUGCUGUGACACUUUGGAGAGGGAGUAGAAAGGAUCAAGACGACAGUGUUGUGCCUUCUCUGAUACCAGCAGGCCAGGAGACUUCUGGGGCAAAGGUUUGUUCUUACUUGUACUUUUCUGUUCCCAGUCUUUGCUCCCUAGACGGCAGUAGGAUCUCUGGCUUUGAGUAGGAGAGCACCAUCCCUUAAGGCAGGGAACCACAGGCACAGUCUUAUCGGGGGUGGGGUGGCUGAGCAGGCUGGUGAAAUCCUACCACCGGCCUCAUGUUACCUAGAGCAUUCUUUUUUAAUACAUUUGAUGUUUUAUUCCUGCCUUUUUAUUUAAGGUAAGUAGGUAAGUGAAGAGCUCUUCUUCAUAAUCAGCCAAAAUAAUAGGAAUCCUCCCUGUCUUUUCUGUGAUCUCAAUCUGUCCCUGUUUCUGAGUAUUUCUCUACCAUUAAGCUCUAUUGUAGCUUUCAUUCAUUUAGUGUUUCUCAUGGAAUCUGUCUUAUACUGCUGUGGAUUACCAGCGACAAGCUUGCUAGGUAAAAGGCACAACGCUGACUCCACAAUUCUAGACAGCAUUUUAAAUGAGCUUGAGGCAACUGUUAAGGAUGGAUUGAGAAAAGGAAUGAUUGACGGUUUCCCUUAAGAAUUUGUUUACUUAGCAGUGGAUUUUUUUUCCUUCCCAUGGCAUUUUAGCAAGGGUCCCCUGGGGAUUGACAGUCUUCCUCAAAUAGAAGGUACUAUUCAUCUUUACUCUUGCAGGAAUAUUUUAUUGUAACCAAUGGAAAGGAGUGCAUGGAAGUGAUAAAGUGCUUCCAAAAGAACAUCAAUAAUUAAUUGGUAGAUGUUUUAGUGAAAACAAAACUGAUGCUUACUGCCGUGCACCCUAUUGAUGUACAAUAAAUACGGAUGACAGCGACAGCUUUUACCUCUUUAGGUCACCUAAAACUGUCAUGCAAGAGGAUUUAGAAACAUCACAUUCAUACAUCCCAAGUUCUGUGUAUAUAUUAUUUCUGAUGGCUGGCCACAGGUUGUGGCCACAGGAAUAGUUCCUUUUUAAAAGCAAGAAUGUCCAACAUUAAAAGCUUUUCAUUCUGUAUGUGGACCUUGAUAGGCAACAAUAACAACAACAAAACAGGUUUUCCAAAGUUAGGACUAGGAGACUAAUUGAUGUGAGAUUGAAACAUUUAGCCACACUAUUUAAAGCAAGCAAAAUAAUUACAGAAAUGCAAAUCAUUUUUAACCUGUUACUACAUUCUAAACAACUUAAAUUUAUUUAUGAGAAGCAAACCCUAUGUGUAGGGCAUCUGUUGGAGUGGGACACUUUUAAACAUAUGUAGCCUCCUUGUUGGCUCCAGAAACUCCAAGUGUUGCGUUUCUAUUGGUAGAGCUCUGUCCAUCUGUUUACAUGGAAAAUGCCUUUCUGUUAAAACGAAACUGUUUCUCAAUAAAAAAAAAAAGCUGGA